UUUCCCAUUAUUUUUCUAAGGGAGAAAAGGCCAAAUGGGGGAUGCUAAAGUAGAAAAACUGAAAAGAAAACGGAAAACUUUCUAGAAUAUAAAAUGGUAUAGGCUUAUGGGCUUCACAUAUCUUCUCAUUGCUUCUUUUCUCAAACCACCCUUAUCAGUUUAUUCAUCGAUGGAGUCCGAAGCUUCCAUGUCCUUACAGUCCCUACAAAUGUGCUUCUCCUUUAUAUUUUUCUCUUUCACCCUUUGUUUCUCUCUCUUCUCUCUCUCUUUGUUACUAGUUAGAGUGAAGCUCUGGUGUAGCUGCGACGUCUGUCAUAGUUUUCUAACGUCUAGUUGGUCGAUCCAAUUCGAUAAUCUCUGCGACUGGUACACCCACCUACUGAGAAAAUCGCCCAGCCAAACGAUCCAUAUCCAUGUCCUCGGCAACAUCGUCACGGCAAACCCGGAUAACGUCGAGUACAUGCUCAAGACAAGGUUUGACAACUACCCGAAAGGGAAACCUUUCUCUACUAUUCUUGGGGAUCUCUUGGGUCAGGGUAUCUUCAACGUCGACGGCGAGCAUUGGAAGUUCCAGAGGAAAAUGGCGAGCCAUGAACUCGGGAGUCUCUCCAUAAGAUCUUACGCCUUGGAGGUCAUUUCCAACGAGAUCCAACAUCGUCUUCUACCACUUCUCUCGUCGGCGGCAUCGAAGGGUGGGUUCUUGGAUCUGCAAGACGUGUUUCGCCGAUUUUCUUUUGAUAGCAUUUGCAAAUUCUCGUUUGGGCUUGACCCUGGCUGUUUGAAAUUGUCGUUGCCUAUGUCUGAGUUCGCCAUGGCCUUUGAUUUGGCAUCGAAAUUAUCGGCGGAAAGAGCGUUGGUGGCAUCACCGUUGAUUUGGAAGAUCAAGCGGCUGUUAAAUUUAGGUACAGAGAAGGAGCUUAAAGAGUCAAUCCGAAUGGUCAACUUGCUAGCCGACGGGGUGAUAAGGCAAAAGAGAACCAUGGGAUUCGAGAACCAGAAAGACCUGCUUUCAAGGUUCAUGGGUUCGGUCAACGAUGAUAUGUACCUGAGGGACAUCGUCAUAAGCUUCCUUUUAGCCGGUCGCGACACGGUUGCAUCAGUAUUGACCAGUUUCUUCUGGUUACUAGCAAAGCACCCGCAGGUGGAGGGAAUGAUAAGGCAGGAGUCGGACCGGAUCAUGGGGUCCCAAUCCCACCAGGAGGAGGAAGAGCUGGCGAGCUUCAUACAAAUUAGGGAGAUGCAUUACCUGCAGGCGGCGGUUUACGAAAGCAUGAGGCUUUACCCGCCCGUACAGUUCGAUUCCAAGUACGCAGAAGAUGACGACGUGCUACCGGACGGUAAGGUGGUGAGGAAGGGGACUAGGGUGACGUACCACCCCUACGCCAUGGGGAGGAUGGAACAGGUGUGGGGCCCUGACUGCCUUGAAUUCAAACCGGAGAGGUGGCUCAAGAACGGUGUGUUUUCACCGGAGAGUCCCUUCAAGUACCCGGUCUUCCAAGCUGGGUUAAGGGUGUGUUUGGGAAAAGAAAUAGCACUGAUGGAGGUGAAAAGCGUGGCCCUAGCCCUAGUCCGACGGUUUCAAGUCGAGGUGGUAAAGCCGAGUCUGUCACCGAGGUUUGCUCCGGGGCUCACCGCUACGGUGAGUGGAGGGCUUCCCGUUCUGGUUCGAGAGAGAGAGGAGAGGAGACUGGAGACUGGAGACGUUAGGUACAGUCUUCAGGAAUAUGCAAGACAGAUGCAACCCUUUAGCAGAAUCUGAAGAACAUGACCUGCUUUCUCUCCAUGUGUAGUGUGGAGUCUGACGUCUGCGAGAAGAGGAAAUGAAGUGUGGAGUGUAGGGAGAGAGGGGCGUGGACCUCGAAACGAUUGCAUGCAGAUCAAGUGGAGGAUACUGUACAGAGGUGGAGGGGUUGGUGGUUCAGAGACGUGUCUUGUACCCGGCAGCAUGUUCGUUUCGUGUCAAUUAAAAAUGCCAGAGAUAGGAUUUCAUCUCCUCGGGGUUGUACAUAUUCGAUAUUAUCACUGCUUAAAUGUAACAAAAGAAUAAUGGCAGUUAAGGUGUAAAAAAUAAAAAUCCUCUUCCAUGAUGUGUUCUGGCCGGAGUAUAUAUAUAUAUUUUAAAGAUUUUAUGAAUGAUCCCAUUGACAGGCA